AUGAAUUAAUCUAAAAAUAUUUUAGAUUUUGAUUAUAUCACUUCCAAUUAAAAUUCUUGUGGUAGCGCUACCUCAAGAAUAAUAAUAUUGGAAGUGCUUAUGGAAAAGAAUACAGGCUAAAAAAUUAUAAGGAUUUAUCACUGCAUCAGAGCUGCUAUCAGCAGCUAACCUUAUGACAGCGAAAUAAUUUUAGUUGUUUCUGUUUAAGUUUAUCUCGAAGAUGCUUCUGUUGGUAAGGUUACUACUGAGAAAUAUUUCUACAAUUAUUUCUUGACUAAGUAAAAGUAUGUUGACCCCAAUAAUUUUCAAUCAGCGAUCGAUGCAAAUUAAGAUGUUUUAAAUCAUUUUGCUUAGAAUGUUAAGGAAAACAAGAAGCGCUUAAAUUACAUUAAGGACAACAAAGGUUUCAAUCCUGGUAAUCUUGAUCCCUAUAUCAGAGGUUUCGUCUAUUGA